AUGCUCUCCAGGUCCUCUGGUACGGCAGCACAGACCGUGCCAAUGUCGACGAUUUUCUCGGAUGUUGCCAUUUCCCCUCCCCGUCGUUCCCCCCCCCCUCGUUGCCUCCCUGACGCGUCCCCUCCCCGUCGCGUCCUCUCCCCGUCGCCUCCCCGUCGCGUCCCCUCCCCGUCGCCUCCCCAUCGCGUCCCCUCCACGUCGCGUCCCCUUCCCCUCCCUGUCGCGUCCCCUCCGCGUCGCCUCCCCGUCUCGUCCCCUCCCCGUCGCGUCCCCUCCCCGUCGCCUACCCGGCGCGUCCCCUCCCUGUCGCGUUCCCCCCUCCCCCCGUCGCCUCCCCUUCCCCUCCCCGUCGCGUCCCCUCCUGAUCGCCUACCCGUCGCGUCCCCUCCCUGUCGCCUCCCCUUCCCCUCCCCGUCGCAUCCCCUCCCCGUCGCCUCCCCGCGCGUCCCCUCCCUGUCGCGUCCCCCCCCCCCUCCCCCCUCCUCCGCCUCCUACCAGCCGUCUCACCUACUACCAGCCGCCCCACCUGCUACCUACUAG